GAAACCUGCUCAUCUCUCUCUCUCUCUCUCUCUCUCUCUCUCUCUAGAGGUUCGAGAAAGUGUAUACCUAGCUAUAAAGAAAACCAGCCACCCCUUCACCCCAUCAAGUAAAAAAGCCACAAAAUACUGCCCCCAAAAAAAUAUACUUGCCUUAGCCCUUAUCCCCUAUUUCUUUCUCUUCUUUCUUUCCUUCAACCACAAGCACUCCUUCUCAUCUAAAAAGAUCUCAAGCUCGUUCUGAAAAAGAAAAGAGUUACAGAUAUGGGUUGGAGUAGUGGAAGGCUGUUUAAGGCCUUGUUUGGGGUGCUGGCAUUGGUUUUGGUUAUUCGGUUGAUGUUGGUGGGUGGUUUGGAGACGGCCGGAGGAACAAGUACUACGACGAUGGUGAAAACCCGGCCGGAUCAGGGAAGUUUUAAGCGUGUGAAUCAGAAGGAUCUCAACCACGUGAGCAAGAGAAGAAUUCCAAAUGGACCUGAUCCAAUACAUAAUAGGAGAGCGGGGAACUCUGGAGCGCCGCCUAAUCAAGUUUAGGACUCAGAAUCUGAGAAGCUUCAGCAAAAACAUGCGAAAACACGACGCAAUCGAGAUGUCUUUCAUCUUGUAUGUAUUUUUUAGAAAAUGGUGGCACAAAUACUCCUGGAAAAGAAAAAAAAACAUUAGAAGAUCCCAAAUUCCUGAUUUGUGGGGUGUUUUUAUUAGGUAGUCCUAACUUUACACGAAUUGUUGUGGUGAGGUUUUUGGGGGAGUUAAGGAAAAAGGAAGCUUCUCACUCGAAAAAUACACCCAGAAAAAAAAAAUCUCGGGGGAUAGAUUAAACAGCCUUUGCAGAAUUAACCCUACUUUAGUUUUUGUGUGAUGUCCAUUUAUUUAUUUGUUUGAGGCAGUGAAAUUGAAGAAUUCGAUUUGGUAGCAAAUAAGAAAAUACUAAGAGGAGAAAAGUAGGGGGGAACACUAAUCGAGAAAUACUAUUGCAGUCAUGCAUGCAUGUCUAUAUGGAUCGAUCUCUAUGUGUAUAUAAGAUCAUAUUUAUAGA